ACUUCUGAAGCUUUUAUAUGUAUAUAUACACAUACAUGCAUACACUUUAUGUAUGGCUGUAUUGAAUCAUUUCAUAUAGUAAAAAUGAGUUCUGAAGAUUUCAGAAAAAGCAUAGAUAGAGGAAUAGAGACUAAGAAGCACUUUGUUCUGGUUCACGGAUCUGGCCAUGGUGCUUGGUGCUGGUACAAAAUUGUGCCUCUUCUCAAAUGGGCUGGUCACCAGGUCACUGCUUUAGAUCUUGGAGCUUCUGGGAUCAAUCCAAAGCAGCUAAAUGAGCUCAAAUCUUUUUCUGAUUAUGUGUAUCCAUUAAUGGAAUUCAUAGCCUCUCUUCCUCUAGAUGAGAGGGUAAUCUUAGUGGGUCACAGCUAUGGUGGUCUUGGCUUGUCUCUAGCCAUGGAGAACUUUCCUGAGAAAAUCUUGGUAGCAGUUUUUGUCACAGCUUAUAUGCCAAAUUUCAUUCAUCCACCAGUAACUCUAGUACAAGAAUUCUUCAAGAGAACCCCACCAGAAUCCCUUUUAGAUUGCCAGAUAACUUUCCAUCAAGGACCAGAAAACCUGCCAAUAUCAGCUGCUUUUGGGCCACAGUAUUUGGAGGCCAUGAUGUAUCACAACAGCCAACCAGAGGACUUGGAAUUAGCCAAAUUGCUACUCAGGCCCUUCAAGUUUUUCCUGGAAGACUUGGCCAAGGAAUCUCUGCUAACUGAAGCUAAAUAUGGAUCGAUAAAGCGGGUUUUUGUAGUUUGCAAAGAAGAUGCAGUUAUGAAAGAGGAAAUCGUGCAAUGGAUGAUCGAGAACAGCCCAACUGAGCAAGUGAAGCUUAUUGAUGGAGCUGAUCAUAUGGUCAUGCUGUCAAAACCAGAAGAGCUCUGCAAAAUUUUCCAGGAAAUUGCAGACAAUUAUUAGUCAGAUUGUUUUGUAAUAUUUUCUUGACCAUAUCAGUUUCACAUGUUCUAUAGCCUUGUGUACCAUUCCCUUCAUCAAAUUGAAUCCGUUGGAGAAUUGAUGUUUCAUGAUAAUAAUAAUAAUAAUGGUGGUUUUUAUCCAAA